AUAGUUGAUUGGCUGCAGUUGGCGAUAUGCAAUAUGCUUUUUCUAUUCCUGCUUUUAACUCUAGUAACCACAACUCUAAGCCAGAUGGAUGCAAUGCGACCGGACGUGCGUUUCGGCGAGGAUAAUGACCGCUUCGACGUCAGCAACAUCGUCCAGACGCAGAAUCAAAUGUUCCGUCAACAGAUGGAAGAUGUCGAAGAAGGUGACGAUGACAUUGAAAUGGAAAGAAGAAAUAAGCAAAUGGAAUCACACCGGCGCCAUAAACACAAAAAACUCCCCGACGACGCCUCCUUAAAAGCAAGUGGUCGCCGAAACGCUUUCCUACUGCAGGAGGACCUGGAUAACUACCGAGCUGAUGAUGGCUCCGAAAGCGAUACCUUUUGGUUCGGGAAGGCCAAACUUUUUGAUAGGCGGUUUUUAAACAGGCGUAGCGGAGACAAAUCGCAACAACUUCUAAGCUAUGCCGUGCCGAUCCACGUCAAAAUCCAAGGAUUCCUCCAAGCACCUUCAGAUAAACAAUAAACUACAUUCACAUGAAGUGCUAUUCUCUUUAAACGUUUAAUCCACGGAAGAAAAAAGCAAUAGAAGUGCAUUAAGCCUCGAUUACUAUCAGAGAACCGAUGUCGCCAAAAGAUUCUUAAUUUGAAAC